UGCGCGCGGGCGGCGCCGGCGCCGGCGGGGGAAGAUGGCGGAUGAUAAGGACUCGUUGUCGAAACUGAAGGACCUGGCCUUCCUGAAGAAUCAGCUGGAACAUCUUCAGAGGCGGGUAGAGGACGAGGUCCAGGCCGGUGUGGGACAGGAUGGCUCGUUCCUGGGCUCGCCGUUCCUCAAGGGCUUUCUGGCCGGCUACGUCAUAGCCAAGCUCCGGGCGUCGGCGGUGCUGGGCUUCGCCCUCGGGGCCUGCACGGGCAUCUACGCGGCCCAGUCGUACGCCGUCCCCAACGUGGAGAAGACCCUGCGGGACUACCUGCGGGCUCUGCGCAAGGGGCCCGACUAGCCCGCCUCCCCCGCCGGCGGGGGACGGGGCCGCGGAGGGCUUCUGCCUCGUGACCCCUCCGCCCCGGCCCGGAACGCCCCUUCCCUCUCCCGCCUGGACCCGGA